AAAAAGUUUACCCAGCAAUCAAAACGCAUUAGUAAUGGAGAAUCGACUAAGACGAAUAGGUAAGUAAUUCGGUAAGCCAAAAUACAAGAUUGCAAGCAAAACAAAAAGUGGACAAGAUAUAAAUUUAAGAGUAAGACCCGUUUGUUCACGCUCGUUGAGAAAUUCAGUUGUCGCUCUUAAGUGACAUCAUAUAAGUCGAGGGCGGUACCCGCUUGAGUGAACAGAAAUUGAAAAGUACAAAAUAGCAGCCACUGGAGAAAGCUCAUUGAGAAUCAGCAGUUGGUUCAGGUUGUCAAUAUACAAUCCUGAUAAGUGGAGCCUGGUGAAUCCCCAGCGAAACGGAAUACCUGAAAGAUAUAGUAAACACCAUUCGUGGAGGUGACUCACUGCUCCCACUGCUCUGCCUGAUCCUCUCCCCCUAUCCGCUGGUCCGCUCAUCUGACGUCACCAUGGUCGACGCCGCCCACCAGGAGUUCGCCCGCCGACUCGCCCUCUUCUCUAUCAACGUCUACGAAAAGCUGUCGGCGCAGAAGCCCGGCGAGAACAUCGUCUUCUCGCCCUUCUCCAUCCAGACGUGUGCGGCGAUGGCCCGGAUUGGUGCAGAUGGCGAGACGGCCACUCAGUUAGACCAUGGUCUUGGUUUGGUCUCCAGCGACGCUGACCAAAUUGCCCACAGCUUCAAUCAAGUAUUGGCCGCCUACCAGAACAGCCAGGUCCUGCGAAUCGCCAACAAGAUCUUCGUGAUGGAGGGCUACCCGCUGCGCCAGGAGUUUGACCAGCUGCUGACCAAGGAGUUCCUCUCAGCGGCGCAGAGCGUCAACUUUGCCCAAAGCGCCCAGGCGGCGGCCACCAUAAACGGCUGGGUGGAACAGCGCACCAAUCACUUAAUAAAAGACUUGGUGCCGGCCAGCGCACUGGACUCCGACUCUCGACUGGUUCUGGUGAACGCAAUCCACUUCAAGGGCUCCUGGCAGCACCAGUUCCCCAAGCAUGCCACCCGCCCGGAGACCUUUUACCUGGAUGCAGCACGCAGCAUCCAGGUUCCGAUGAUGGGUUUGAAGGAGUGGUUCCGUUAUGCCGAUCUUCCAGCGCUGGAGGCCUCGGUCUUGGAGCUGCCCUACAAGGACUCUGACCUCUCCAUGCUGAUCGUCCUGCCCAACAGCAAGACGGGUUUGUCCUCCCUGGAAGAGAAGCUGCGUGCGAUGACUCUAUCGCUUAUUACAAAAGAGCUGCAAGAGACUGAGGUAGUAGUGAAGUUGCCCAAGUUCAAGGCCGAGUUCCAAGUGGAGUUGACGGACAUUUUCCAGCAGCUGGGCAUGUCGAAGAUGUUCACUGACCAAGCGGAGUUCGGCAAGAUGCUGCAGAGCCCCGAGCCUCUGAAGGUGUCGGCCAUCAUACACAAGGCCUUUAUCGAUGUGAACGAAGAGGGAACAGAAGCCGCGACUGCCACGGGCAUUGUGGAACGCGACUUUGUUUCCUUUGAGGAACCUAUUGAGUUCCUGGCAGAUCAUCCGUUCAUCUAUGCCCUUAUCCAUGAGGAAGACCUGCCCCUGUUUUGGGGCUCAGUUGUGCGGCUCGAGGAGAAUGACUCCGUCUCCAGCGAGCAUGAUGAGCUGUGAUGGAAUCUUAUUAAAUUAA